CCCGGGCCCAAAGGGCUCCCCAUCGUCGGUAACGUUUUUGAUGUGCCCAUGAAGAAUGGGUGGGUGGUGUACAGGGAUUGGGCGCGUCAGUAUGGCUCCGACAUCGUUCAUCUUCAGGCACUCGGCGCGCACAUUAUCGUAAUCAACAGCGCUGUGGCCUCCAAAGAGCUGCUCGACAAGCGUCCCCACAUAUACUCUGACAAGUAAAGAACAAUCCGUCAUGUUGACCGAGCUCACCGGAUGGCAUCGCAAUUGGGGGCUUCUGCCGUACGGCGAUUACUGGAGAACACACCGCAGGUUAUUCCAUCAGUAUUUCCGCCCCCGUGCUGUCCCGCAGUAUCACCUCAAACAAGCUAAAGCGGUCCACAAGCUGCUGCAGUCGCUUCUAAAAUCCGGUGACGACUUCGUCCCACAUGUUCGCUACAUGGCAGGAUCUAUGAUUCUCGAUAUCGUUUAUGCAUCUGACGCGCAGCCUGGCGACCCCCGAAUUGAACUCGUAGAGAAGGCCGUGUAUACGGUCAACCAUAUCAUCAAUGCGGGAAUCUUCCUUGUUGAUGUCUUCCCUAUCUUGAAGCAUGUACCGGCAUGGUUCCCAGGGGCACGCUUCAAACGCCAAGCAGCCGAGUGGAAGACGUUGGUCGAUGCCAUGUACGAGGAGCCUUACCACCAGUUCAAAAAAGCAAUGAAAGACGGCAGCGCUCAGCCGUGUCUCGCGGCAUCCUUGCUGUCCGACACUGGCGAGACAGAUCUGUCAACGUCUGACGAGAUAUUUAUGAAUAUCACAGGGACGACAUAUGCAGCUGGCGCAGACACAACGGUCAUCGUACUUUCCACAUUCGUCCUCGCCAUGGUUCUGUACCCGGAGGCACAAGCCCUGGUACAAGAGGAGAUCGAUCGCGUCGUUGGUCGGGAUCGCUUACCAGAGAUGGAUGACCAGAAUUCUCUUCCCUGCGUCACGGCCGUGAUAUACGAGGUCCUACGGUGGCAUUCACCUCUCCCUCUAGCGUCUCCGCGCCGUGCAAUGACCGAUGAUGAGUACAAUGGCUAUCACAUCCCGGCGGGCUCAGUGGUCAUGGGAAAUUCUUGGGCCAUUCUCCACGACGAAGAGAUAUAUCCGGACCCAGACACAUUCAACCCCAGACGAUUCCUCUCCGCAGACGGAAAACUGCGGGACGACGUUCCUUUCCCCACGGAGACGUUCGGGUACGGACGCAGGAUAUGUGCCGGCCGUCACUUCGUUCUCGAUAUGCUCUUCAUAGCCGUGUCCAACCUUCUAGCCGUCUUCACGAUCGAGAAAGCCGUGGACGAGAACGGCAAGGUCAUCGAGGUCAAGGAGGAAUUUGCCCCGCACGUAUUCAGCCCGCCCAAGCCAUUCGAGGCUCGUUUCGUGUCGCGAUAUUCAGGAUCAGAGAGUCUCAUACGGUCGGCCAUUCUAGCGGAUACAUAGCUUGCUCGAAUUAGAAUGUUCGGUGCUAGUGGCGGCUGAAAU